GACAACCACACAGAAAGAUAUUCGGUUGAAAUGUGAAGCUUUGCAUUGUUGUGCUGUCGCAAAUUUAAAAAAAAUGGUCCGACAAUGUUGUGUUUCGAGUUGCUGUCUUUCCGAACGAAGGGCUGGACCUUCAAUUUCAUUUCACAGCCUACCCCGUGACGAUUCCAUUCUAUCGAAAUGGAGAGCGGCUCUUCGUUAUACAGAAGAUGAAAUUCCCGAUCCGGGUCCCAGAGCCUUUAUCUGCUCGCGCCACUUCCGUGAAAACGAUUUCAUGUUUGUCGGAAAUAAAAAGCAGCUCCGCGCAAGUGCUAUCCCAAAUAUUGAUUUCAUGGAUUAUGAUAGGAAAGCCGAUAUUGCUCUCAUCGGCCUGGCCGUGAUGGGUCAGAAUUUGAUCCUGAACAUGGACUCCAAGGGCUUCGUCGUCUGCGCAUACAACAGAACCGUCGAUAAGGUCAAACAAUUCCUCGAUAAUGAAGCUAAGGGUACCAAAAUAAUCGGAGCUACUUCCCUGCAAGAUAUGGUGAACAAAUUGAAGAAACCGCGAAAGAUCAUGAUGCUGGUUAAAGCCGGCAGCGCGGUCGAUGAUUUUAUCAACCAGUUGCUUCCGUUCAUCGAAAAGGGUGACGUCAUCAUCGAUGGCGGCAACUCGGAGCAUCAGGAUUCGGCACGGCGGUACGAGGAACUCAAGGCCAAGGGUAUUCUGUACGUCGGUUCCGGAGUCAGUGGCGGAGAGGAAGGUGCCCGCUACGGUCCCUCUCUGAUGCCCGGUGGUCAUCCGGACGCGUGGCCCCUGAUCAAGAACAUCUUUCAGGCAAUCUGUGCCAAAUCGAACGGCGAUCCAUGCUGCGAGUGGGUUGGCGAAGGCGGAGCCGGUCACUUCGUCAAGAUGGUACACAACGGUAUCGAAUAUGGUGACAUGCAGUUGAUUUGCGAAGCCUACCAUCUGAUGCUGGCGCUCGGCAUGACCCAGAAGGAAAUGGCCCAGGAGUUCGACGAAUGGAACAAGGGAGUGCUGGACUCGUUCCUGAUUGAAAUCACCCGGGAUAUUUUAAGCUACCAAGACAAGGAUGGAUAUCUGCUGGAGCGAAUCCGUGACACCGCCGGACAAAAGGGAACCGGAAAGUGGACAGCAAUCGCCGCUCUGCAUCAUGGCGUUCCGGUGACCCUAAUCGGCGAAGCGGUAUUCUCCCGUUGCCUUUCCGCCCUGAAGGAGGAACGUACCAAGGCUAGCAAGCAGCUUUCCGGACCGAGCGUUAAACCCACCGUCGCCGAUCGCAAGGCCUUCCUGACUCACAUCCGCAAUGCUCUGUAUUGUGCCAAGAUCGUUUCCUACGCCCAAGGAUUUAUGCUUCUCCGCGAGGCCGCCAACGAGUACAAAUGGAAUCUGAACUAUGGCGGCAUUGCUCUAAUGUGGCGAGGAGGCUGUAUCAUCCGCAGUGUCUUCCUUGGAAACAUCCGAGAUGCUUUCGUACGUAACCCACAGCUUUCCAAUCUACUGUUGAACGAUUUCUUCAAGGAUGCCAUCGUAUCGAACCAACAAUCGUGGCGUGAGGUUGUAAGCCGUGCUGUGCUAUGGGGAGUCCCAGUUCCUGCCAUGUCGGCCGCUUUGGCCUUCUAUGAUGGAUAUCGUUCGGAACGUCUUCCAGCCAACCUACUGCAAGCGCAACGAGAUUACUUCGGUGCCCAUACCUAUGAACUGCUGGGCAAGGAAGGCAAAUUUGUGCACACCAACUGGACCGGAAAGGGAGGAAACGUCUCGGCUAGUACUUAUUUGGCUUGAAAGCUGAACGAUGCUGCUAGGAAGGCAAUCAGUUCACCAGUGAAUUGCAUAACAACAUUCCCACCCUGUUUAGAUUUCAUUGUGAAAAGUACACACAUUAUCAUGGAAAAAAAUAUUUAUUGUUGCUCAUUCGAUAAGAUUUGCGAAAAUUUUGUUUGUAUAAAAGUGAUUGUUUUGUAUCAAAAACCAA